AUGAUGUCUUUCCCUGAUUCGCCCGCCAAAGCAUCACUAUGUUGCGAAGAGACGCAAGAAGAUGCUCCACCGACAUACGCUAUGUAUGAGGCUCUCAAAGAUUCUUGCCAAAAUAACGCAACAUAUUUUCAACCAGAUGAUAGUGAAAAUGGCCAAAGAUUAUACCAAGGAUUCAUGACACUUAUAGAUCAUAUUGAUACUGUAUGGCCACUAGUGGAUCAUGUUAGAAAGGUAGCACCACUUUAUGAUUUUGAUUCUAAGAGUCCAGGGAAUGGAUAUCGUAGCUUUGUGUCAGUUGUUGACUCUUGUAUAUUACAUGGACUAAAGCUUAGCAGACAAGUUUGUUCUGGAAGAGAUGCGCUACUUUUUCGCAAAGGUUAUUUUGUGAGAGAGGUAGAAUCCUGCGGGCAGCUUCUUGCAUCUUUAGGGACCUGCCUACAUCAUUUACAAACUUUGUUGUCUUGGGCCCCUCCCGGAGACCUAUUCCCCACGGAGCAGCACUCACCAGAAGAAUUAUUCUCCCAAGCAGACACUAUUAAUCAGUAUUGUUUCUACGGCAGAUGUCUCGGUUUUCAGUUUGCACCUUCAAUGCGUGGAAUAUUAAAAGGCAUUUCGAUAUGCAUGGCGGGUUUCUCAGAGGCAUAUUAUAGUCACGGCAACUUGAUCAGCUCAGUGUGGACGGGUGGGCAGUACAUUAUUGAUCCAGAAAUGAGAGCUCGGAGGAUAGUCAACAUAUCGCAAUCGGCGAGCGUGGAAUUCUGCAAGGCGUUCUGGUUUCUAGCAGAAAGUGAAAUAAUGAAGCGAGUACCGAGCCUUAUAUCGUCGGCGGUCGCUGUAAAUAAGUUGAUAACUAUUCCACCGGAGCCUAUCACUGUAACAACUAUGGAAGGCAAAGAAAAAACGGUGCUACCGCCUACUGUACACAUUGGCCUUCAGAGUCUCAAUGUCAGAUUGAUUAGCGUCAAUAAAAGGGCAGACAUGGUUGAUGAAGGCACCUCAUCUCUUCCACCAGCAGAUGGCGUACUAUUCCAUUGCCACGGCGGCGGAUUCGUUUCCCAAAGUUCCAAAUCCCAUGAAACUUAUCUCCGCGAAUGGGCUACGAAAUUAAACGUACCCAUACUGUCGGUUGAUUAUAGUUUAGCUCCACAAGCGCCUUUUCCAAGAGCAUUGGAGGAAGUGUUCUAUGCAUAUUGCUGGAUGCUUAAUAAUUUCAAAGAGAUUGGUACUACAGGAAAGCGUAUUGUUUUCGCCGGAGACUCGGCUGGGGCGAACCUCAUAGCGGGUUGUACGUUAAAAAUCCUCUCGGCUGGAAUACGACCUCCAGAAGGAUUGUUCAUGGCUUAUGCUCCACUUCUUAUCAGUUUUAUACCCAGCCCAGCUCGGCUACUUUGUUUAAUGGACCCACUUCUUCCUUUUGGAUUUAUGAUGAGAUGUCUUAAAGCAUAUGCAAGCCCUAAUUCAACAGGAAAAGGCAAGCAAGAUAACCGUAGUAACAAAGAGCCGACUGUGUCCAAUGCUGUGAGUCCGCUAGACAGCAAUGGUUUCCUCAAAGUUAGCCCAUCACAAGAAGGAAUAAGUGAAAGCCCUUCGUCAUUUGAAGAGGUCUCUCCAUCCGACUUGGCGGAAUUACAGGCGCACAAAUCAGGCAGCGAACGGAGAAAGUCAUCAGACACAACAAUAAGCGCCGCUUCCUUGCAAAGUGAACACACAGCUACAGGUGUAACACCAACACAAGACAAAUCGCAGCAGUACGUAUCGGAGUUCCUAGAACGUUACGUUUUAGACAGCGAUACUGACUCCGAAGGACGACGCUUUCCAAUUAUUAAACCGAACAACAGGACACGGGAGGACUCCCAAAAAGAAUUAGAAUCAGAAGCGUCAAAUACAUUAGUUGGGGAACCACCAUUGAUAGAAGAACCGGAUUCCAAAGAAAACAAGAAAAGAAUUAAAACAAGGAUAAGUGAAGCGGCCACGGGAUUAAUGGGAGCCAUGUCGUCAAGACUUGCCUACAUUACUGGAUCAAAUUCAAUAACUAGGCCUACACAGGAUGAGUUGGCAGUUCGCACGAAUCUCGACGCGUUGAUAGCUCGAAGCCCGUCGGACGAGUUCAUAUUCUCAGUUCCACGUGAUCCAUUGCUGUCCCCGUAUUGGGCCGAUGACGAGCUGUUGAAAAAAUUCCCGCCUGUCAGGAUUUUGACUGUACAUUUGGAUCCGUGCCUAGACGACUGCGUCAUGUUCGCCAAGAAGCUAAAGAAGCUGGGCAAUGUAGUUGGGAUCGACGUAUUAGAAGGACUGCCUCACGGAUUUCUUAAUUUCUCCCUGAUGGCCAAAGAAGCGAACGAAGGUUCGAAACUCUGCGUUGAACGCAUCAAACAAUUACUCGAUUUAGUGAACGACACGACUUCGUCAAACGGCGACAAUCACUUAUGA